CCUGGUGGAAGUUCCCCUGUUCAGAAGUCUGCCUUUUAUCUGAUUUCCAGGAUCAUAUAGAGGCUGGGCUGUGGAUGAAGAGCAGCCCUGCAUUGAGAGCAACAGACUCUCCACUGUCCCAGAGCCUCCUCAUCUACUCUGCAGAUUUGCCUGUACCCUGAAGGGUCCAUCGGUCAUGCCAGACACACCAGUAGAGGACUCCCUUUUCCAAAUCAUACACUGCUUUCAUCACUAUGCUGCCCGGGAAGGGGACAAGGAGACCUUGUCCCUGGAGGAGCUGAAAGCCCUGCUCUUGGAUAGUGUGCCUCGCUUCAUGGACACCCUGGGCCGCAGGCAGCCAUACUACAUCACAGAGCUCUUCCGGGCGGCUGACAAAAACAAGGACAACCAGAUCUGCUUCGAUGAGUUCCUGUACAUCUUGGGCAAACUGGUGAAGGACUAUCAUCUUCAGUUUCACCGGCAGUUGUGCACACACUACUGCACCCAGCACAACCUCUACUAAAGGGGGACAGGCAGUCUCUCAUCACCAGAACUUGUUCCUGGAGACAUGGCCUGACUAAGAACAGCUUACAGAACUUAGC